UAACACUGUCCUGGCCGACGUGCUGGGCUUGAUGGCGAGGUCGGACACGCGCUGGGCCAGAGGGAGGCACGUGGCGACCUUCCUGAAGAAGAGCUACGUCCACAAGCUGAGAGAGACAUCACGGGGUACAAGAUGGCUUUCUCGUGGAAGAAUCCUGGCGUCAACUCGCUGUUCCUCGACGCGCACGUGGAGGCCGAGGGGGCGAAGCGGGACCGAAAGGCCGACCUCGUCUUCGGCUUCACGUACAGUCCUCACGUCACCCUCAAGAUCCUUCUCCUCAGCCAGCAGUUCUCGGCCUCGGGAGAAGUGUCAGUGGUGAACGACCCAAACUUGAAACGUCUGGAGGUCCACCUGGGUUACGGAGGGAACGAAUACGGCUUCAAGGGCGAGCUUCUGAUGGUGACAGACGGAGGCCAGGUGAGUGUGAAGCCCCGUCUGGUGAUCGCUUACCCCGGCACUCAGGAGGACGCCCUGCUGGAGGGCUACAUGGCCAGGUACCUCUCAGAGAAGGUCCGGAGCCUCACCCUCGACCUGUACACCGAAGGGACGCUUAAGGAGUACUUCGACGCAGCUCUCAAAGGCACCGUAGAGUACCGAACGCCGGCCAAAGGAGACAGAGUUUUAACAAUCAAGAAUUUGCACUUUUCCACGCCCAGCCACGCCCUAGGUCUCGAAGCCUCCUUUGCUCUCAGGGACAAGGCUGUAGAAGGCCAAGUGCAGGUCACUUGGGGAGGCCAAGUGGUGGUGCUUGACGGUAAAGUGCUCAACCUCGGCUCGGGGAAGAACGACCAGCACUUCGAGGUCAACCUUCAAAUGCUUCUGCCUGAUCAUCCGCAUUUAGACACGAGGAUCAACUGCGUCACGAAAGUCUACGAUGCGGAGGUGACGAACAACGUGACGAUGGUGGUGGGACCCGAAGCGACCCGCAGAGACUUCCAGGUCAUUCAUUCCACGUCCUGGAGGUUCACCAAGGCCACGACGCCCUUAUACUCUCCGGGUCACGACCAGGACCCCGCCCAUUCCCUCAGCCACGCGAAUGAGCCCGCCCACGCGCCCGCCCACGCCUACUUGUAUAGCGGGCUAUCGGCGAGCGUCGUUAACAAACUGGAGGUCACCUCCAGAGCCCUCGACGUGACGUGGAAGUUCGACCACACGCUGCAGCUGACGGAGAGGUCCCUCGAGAACCUCCUGAAGGGGAAGAUGGGGGACGAAAACUACAAGAUCAUGACGAAUUUGUACGACCAGACAGAGGACCUCUUCAAGUACCAUGCGGAGGUCGAGCUGAGCCUCCCCGCCUGGCACUUCAGCUACGUGGACACCCUCCAGCAGCGCUACGAGGGCGACGUGGUGGGCCAGAGCACGACCGUCAUGCCUUCCGGGAGGGUCUACAGCUCCUCCUCCAGGUACUUCAAGGGCAAGGACGGCGACAGGCUGGUGUUCGACUUCUCCUACGAUAUCCUGGUCCGCGAUGGAGUCGAUACUUGGAAGAUUGCAGCGCGAGAGUCCUUCGAGUGGUCUCCCAGCCUCCUUAGCCUCCACUGCGGCGUCGAGAUCGGUGACGUCACGCUCUUCGGCCUCGAGCUGACCCUCGACGGCUUGUCCUCGGGUGAGGUCGACCUCUUCCUCAAGACGUGGACCAGGAACGUGUACGAGAGCGAGUUGUACCUCAACAGCAUCGGGCCCAAGACGGACAUCAAUUUCAUGGUCUUUGUUAUUCCUCUAAAUCGGGAAAUUAAAAGCAAAGUCGCCCUUGGCCACGACGGCUGCCUCGGCGGGAGCGUGGACGGCGAGUUGGCGUGGGACGUUCGCGGCGACCACUCCAAGACGCUGACGGUGUCCUCGGCCAUUCAGUUUCCGGCCGAGACGAGGACGCUUGUGCUAAAGGGCGCGUUGACGGUCCUGACGUGGACGUGGAGGACGGAGCUGCAGGUGGAAUUCGGCGACGAGAUAGGGGACAACCACCGCGUGUCCUUCGCCCUCACUUUGCCGGACGCGUCGAGGUUAGAGGCCGGGUCACAGCUCAUCUUCUCCUUGGGGAACAAUGACCUGGCUCUCGGUAUGACCUUUGACCUGCGACUACCAUCUGGAACCUUUCAUAAUGUGUCCUUGGUUGCACGCGGUAACAGGAAGAGUCACGGCCUUGCGGACGGUAUGGUCGCCCUUGACAUCGACUCUCCCGUGACUGACGACGUCCACUUCCACCUCCACGUGAAGAAACAGGAGAGUGACGGCAAAACAGACGUCGGCGUUACGCUUACGUCCCACUCCGGCGCCAACUACUGGGACCCCAUCGCGGGCAAAGCGACGUGGCAGUGGGACGGCACGCGGGCCAACGUGGUGACGGAGGUGACUUGGGGAGGCAUGACGAUCAACUUCGACGCCCUCGGGUCCUACAAGAGCAUCCAGGGCGAGCACCAGAUCCUGGGGUCGGCUGAGCUGCGAGUCCCCGUCGAGGCGCCCAUAAUCUGGCAGCAGCUGAAGGCGACGGUGGUCGGCACCUUCAGCGUCAGCGACAACCCCAGUAAACUGAAGAUGAGCCACACCAUCGCCGUGUACAAGGAUUACAGUGAAAUCCUCAACACAGACGGCGAAGUGACAAUCCAGGUACCUAAGGCGGAGGGUCGGCUCUCCCUGUCCCACUCUGGCUCCGUCGCCACCAACCACGUCUACACCAUGACAGGAACGUUCACCGGCAAGGAGCUCGAGGUGGACGUGAAGGGCACAGUGGACGACGCCCCCGUCAGCGUCGCCGUCCACUACAUAGACGGCCGGGAAGUGACCGUCCAGGGGAGCUACAGGGAGGAGGGCUUCCUCAGCGUCGCCUUCAGAACGGAGCUGAAGGAUAUUAGCAUCGGUAUUAGAAAGGGAAAUGGUACCUCGUUUUCUCUGACGAGUGAUGGCCAGGUCGUGUACCGUGGGUCGAGGACGAAGCUUCACCAUCAGCUCUCCAUCACGCCUUCAAGGGCCUCUUCCUUCUUCAGGCUGUCUCCCUUCCUCGGUAGAGUCCUUAAGCUGACGACGAGCCGCACCAAGUACAGCCUCCACCACUGGGGCACGAACGUCGACCUCAGCUGGGGUGCACGUAACUUCACGUACCGAGAUGACGUGCACUUCCGUACCUUCCGCGACUGCACCAUCAGACUGGAGAUGGACGCCCCUCAUCUCAGCUUCGACAAAGUCACAGUUAAGUUGGAAUCGAACUUAGAAGGUGAAGGAGAACAAGCCGUCCACGCCAUGUACUUGGUGCACAACGCCACGCUCCACAGUGCCAGAUUAACAUACUACAAUCACGACGUCGAGGAGGAGCGGGUGUGGCAAGCGGGCGUGAGUGACCUGGUGCUGAAUGCCAAGUCGUACAGUGACCUGAUGGUGCGUCACGCGCUCGCUCUGCCCGGCGGCGGUGUGCAGAUAAAGAGCAGCCUGACCGUCAACGCCACCCCGGUCGUGGGCGUGACCGUCACCCACACCUCGGAGACACGGGCGCUGUUACUCUCCGUCUGCUCCACCAGCGAGGAGUGUGUACGCCUCCAAGCUCACGCCCACGCCCGCAGCACGCCCUCCACCCGGACGUAUUCCGUGGCCGCCCAUGCUCUCAACUCACUCUUCUGGCAGACUCCUGACGAUCCUUUGGUGCAGAAUUCCGUUACCUUCACCGCUGAGGAAACGUCUGAGGAGGUGAUGGUGACGGGUGGCAUCCGGCGCGUGGAGUGCCAGAGGGUCACGUGUGAUACCUUCGAGAAUCGCGGCCUUCUGCACGCCACUCUUCGCCUCACGCCUGAGACUCUUGAUUUGCUGCUGGACACAACCAACCGGACAGUCCAGCUCAUGACGGUGUCGCGGAGGAACGUCGUGGAGGAGGCAGAGAUCUCGUCGCUGCCAGGAGGUCGUCUGGUCUCGAGUUCGAACUUGGAGACUCGACUGUGGCUCGACAGGACGGGCGAUCCCGAGGGCGUGGUGACCUGGAACUCGAGCGUUGCCCAUUAUGCUUCCUCCAGGGCCUCGGAGUGGGCGGUCCAUUCGCGUCUGCAUCAUAGUUCCUUCGAUAAGAUUCUGAGAGUGGGCGGGAACAUAGUGGCCGAUCCGCUGUCCAUUCGUGCCGCUUUGCUCUUAGACAUGUUCAGUGCCUUGGAAGACGCCCUCAGACUCGACCUCGAGAUAUUGCAAGAUAGCGGCAACCACAUCCUCAUUGCUAAUCUCACUAAAACGAUGAGCGCCUCCCCGAGAAUCAUAGACGUGGUGGCGUCCUUCCUGCCUUCCCCGGACAGCGCCCAGGUGAGUGUCGUGAUGCUGGUGCCUUCGUGGAGACCCGAUCCCUACCAGCAUCACGAGACGCAGUUCGACUCCCGCUUCACCCUCACCUGCGGCUUGGACACGGGGCAUCGGUACCGACACGCCACCGCCGACUGCACCCUCACGACGCCUUCAGUCCGGGAGAAGAUCAUGCUGGAGUACCACAUGAUCGGCAGCGGCGGGUGCAAGGGCCUCGGUGCCUCCGUCGGGAUGUUCAACCGCACGUAUCUGGCGGAACAGAAGUCCUGCCUCAGCCCCAGCAGCAUCCAAGCCAGCCUCGCCCUUAAGACCGCCGGCCAGCUGGAGGACGAGAUGGCCCUCCGCCUCGGCCUUGUGGACUCCCGUCGGGCGGAGAUGGACCUCCUCGACGCCGUCCACAUCAAGUUCCAACUCCACCCGCCGUUCCUUGCUCCACGCCAUGGCCCACUCGCGCGGUACAAUGUGGAGUAGGUGGAGCGAUUUCAAGGACGGCCUCCAGGGCGAACUGGACGACAUCAUCAGCACGGCCAAAUCGGUGACGAGGGCCAUGGCCACCGACUUGGACGUGAUGGACGGGUUGGCGCGCCUGGCCAGCCCUUCCCCCGCCCACAUGCUGGCCACCCA